GGGCAAUACAGGCCAACUCAGCAAGAGAUCUCUAAAGAGUUCAUACCAAAACCCAUGGCAACGAUGACGGGAGCGUCGUGCAUAUCAGGCAGUGCUCACUGCCGGAUUGCCCCUGUGCAGGCGUCCUAUGUAUCUGUCCGGAUGCGACCUUCGCAAGCUUUCAGGACAAAGGCACCCAUGCUUGAAAGGUCUGGACGACGAGCUGUCCUGGAAGUGCAAAAUUUCAAGUUCAUGAAAGAGCUGGGGCUGAAAAAGCCUGCAUUCCUUCCAGACUUUGGCAAGGACAAGAGGAAGGCUCUCCUGGACCGCUUCUACUCCAAUUUUGACGUGCAGACCUACGACGAGCUCCUGGCAGAUGAUUUUGAGAUUGUGGAGGCUGGCGAGAGCCGAAAGUCAUACAGCAAGAGCGAAUGGAUCACACUGGUGCUGGAUCACACCAUCCCAGCCAUCCCAGACUUUGCAUGGGGCCAUGCAACAGAUGGCGCAAAGGAUGACGAUGGAUACAGCAUUGUCAUUGUACAGGCAACUGGCCACCACACAGGGACACCCUUCACUCUGGGUGGCACUCUCCCGCCGGUUGAGGCCAGCGGCAAACGCUUUGUUCUUGCGGAGGAAAAGGUCCGCGUGAAGGUGGAGGAUGGACAGAUCAAGCGGAUGGAAGUGCUGCCGGUCAAGGGAGCAGGACCGCUUGCCCUGUACAAGGCCCUUGGUGGCAAGGCCUGAUCCAAGGGUGCUGGUGACUUGCAGGGUUCCUACAGCUCUUUAAUCAAGAUCGCGCCCACUUAUCUGUGCUUUUCUGUUUGGCUUUGAAAUUAGAGAAUUAGAUGUGUGUCAUGCUGGCCGUUAUGGUGGGGUAUCCCACCUGCAGUGCUACCAUGCAGUAUUUGUUCCGUCAAGGUAUUCAACCCGUCUGGGUCCCAGGCAAGGUGUUGUUGGUUGCAAUGCUUGAAUGUGCAGCUGAAGACUGCGCAGUGAGUUCCAGCACUAGUGGGAACAAGAUCAAUGAUCGUGAUAAUUAUUAUCCGGACUGUGUUUUUCAUGUAUACAGCUUUGUUUGCUAUUGCCAUAUGCCUAUACUCUAAUGGACUUCAUGGUAAUCUUUCGGUUCAAGUUGAGGCCUGCAAGCUUGUCAGAAUAUACGCGGGCUGGCUGGCCCACCGUGGGUGCCACCAGUGGUGACCAGGCUGCCAGCCAGUGGCCCAGCAGCCGCUGGCAGCGCGGCAGUGUAAUCUCAUCAUGCGGCC